GUCCUUGGGCACAGCACCCUGCGGGUCGGAUAGGUGUGAGCCCCGGGGGAACUCGGGUGGGUCACUGUGUAACGAUCCAGGCCAGGUUUUCAGGCUGCUGGGGCCUGAGUUAGGUGUCGUGGCUGAAAUCCAGGCCAGGUUUUCAAGCUGCUGGAGCCUGGGCCCAGCGGCUGUUCUGGUCACUGGGCUGGGAUCCAGGCCGGGUUUUCUAAGAGCCUAGGUCCGGUGCAGCACUAGUGCGGGGCGAGAUCCAGUCCGGGUUUGCGGGCUGCCGAGCCCGGGGCUCAGCCGCUGUCCCGCUGCCGUCGGGGGGAUGAGCUGCGCCGCUCCGGGUGCGCCCAGCCGCCUCCGCCAGGAACAACUGAGCUGCACUUCAGAUGACUUCUGUACUGAGGAGGACGUACGGCAGAAGUUCUGGUGAUUGAUGUCUAACGUCAGAGUCGAUCCUUCAUCCCUUCUGAGGCAGCUAAAGCCAGUGGGAAGCUCUUUUCUCUAUAUUUGGAUAUUUGAUUGACUGUGUGAGGCAAAGGAAGGAACAUAACUGUGGAGAGAGGUGUCCCCCCCCCCCCCCGGCACAAGCAGGCAUUCUGUCUAGAAAACCGUGCCAGAGAACUGCUUAGUGCCUUGAAGUACGAGUCAAAAUCUUAAUGCAAUUUCCCUCCAAGCCAUGCUGUUGUGAACUGUUUUUUUCAAGCUCUAAUACUAUUUGGCACGCUGAGCCCCUCUGCUCAGGGGGCUGCUGAUGGCACUCUCACAAUUGGCUCUCAAAUAGUUUCUGGUCUGUUGGUGCUCCAGCUGGCUGGAGAUCAUUACAGAGAAGAUGCUGGACCUAAGCUUUCUAACAGAAGAGGAGUAUGAGAAGCUUAUGAAGGUUCUGCAGAGAGAUGCAGAGUUGAAGAAAAAAGACAAUGAUCGUAUCAGACGGUUACAAGGCUCUCUCAAGGAUGAAAAGAAGAAAAAGUUUGUGACUGGUGAAUGGUUUAGUGAAGUGAAGGCAAAACGUUUUCAAGAGGCGCUAGAGGGGCCAGACCUGCUUCGAGCAUCCAUUAGAAAGAAAAAGGAGAAACUGGAAAAUGAGCCUAACGAACACAUCCGGCAGAGCCUGGAAGGCAGAGCAGCUUCACUGCCACCAGACGCAACCAGUCCUCUCUUCCCUGAGCUCGCUCCAGACUUGGGAGCCAAGAGAUCCAGUACAACUGCUUUGGAUUCUUCAGAGGAACAUAAUACCUGGCCAAAACCAAAACCAAGACACAUCAUACUGCCACCCUCAUCAAAUGAGAGAUCCAGUGUAAAUGAUGUCUCGCCAGGAGAGAGCAACACUGGAGUACGUACGACAGACAACUGGCAGCUGUCUGAAAAAGGUCAUGAAGUACCUCUGUCGCCUGCCAAGCUCGCAGAAGAGGAUAUGGUUCAGUCCAGUUAUUCUUCUGGGGUGGAGGUUCCUGAUGUGCUCAGUGGCACCCCAGCAAUGCACAAUGUUCCCCCUAAAGACACGAAUAUUGCCAGCAAGAUACCAGUCAAGAGGAAAGCAAGCAAAGGCCUGUUCAGGUCAGAGACUCUUGUGAAUCACACAGAGCAGACUGAGGGCAGUCAUGCAAAGAGAGAGUCACUUAAAAGCUCAACAUUACUGUCUGGAGAGGAAGACAACGAUCCGGUUCUGAAGCAAGGAGCCAACUAUACCAUCUCUUCCAUGAGCAAUAAAGAUGAGGAAAUUGGCCUAGAUCGUGAACAGUUCAAGAACCUGAGGAACUUUUGGGAGAAAGGUGCAGAUACUGCAGGUAACGUUUCAGAGGAGUCCUUUGAAAAGCCCAGUGUGGUAGGGUCAAAUGGGAGACCGUUCACAUUGAAUCGCUCUCUUUCUGUACAAUCUAAUCAAAGCCAAAAUGGUGAAGAAAAGUCCAAUGUCUACAUGAAAACCAGAAUUCCCUAUAAAAGAACAGUGACCUUGUCAUCUAGUGAAGAUGAACCGUGCUACGUAGCCCAUUCAAGAAAGGGCUCAGCCUCCUCUAUGGCCAGGUCUACAUAUGGCAAGAGCAAAGGGGCCGUGGUUACUAGAAAUAAUUCAUUGACUGAAAGUAAUGGGAGGCAGGAGGAGGAGAGAAAGACACAACGCUGCUUGAGGAGAUCCAAACUGCCGGUGCGAGUGCCUUCAAUCAAAAUAGAAUCGCCCACGAAAGAGGGGCCCAGCAGCACAUUUGAACCAGAAACGCCUGCAGAUGAGUAUGUCAUGCCUGAAGAAAGCAGGCGCAAGGUGGACUCAUUGGCGAGUAGGAUUCAGAUAUUGAUAGAACCUGUACAUUCAGACAGUGAUAGUGAUAGGGAUAAAAGGUCUGAUCUGGGCAUUCAAGAAAACAUGGAAACUAAUGGAGAGCUCCCUGAGGCUAAGACACAUGAGCCUGCAGACAACCUAAGGUCCAAAGAACCAGCCAUGGAGAGAGAAGCGAUUCAAGGAACUGACUCAGCUAUAUUCUCAGAAGACGACGAGGAUCAAUCGCCUGUUGCCAUGGCUCUGGCACGAGCGAAUAGCGCUAAUCUAGCCAAGAGCAUGGUGAACAUUUACACAACCAGUGAGACGUACAAUAAGCCGCAAAUGAUAACUCACCAACUUCUUGAGCCCGAACGAACCAAAGAGCUGAGCAGAUCCACCCCUGUCCUUCUGUCUGAGACGGAAUCGGACACUGCUUCAGAAAUCAGCUUCCAGUUUAACAGACACAAAAAGACUCCUAGCAUUGGCAGCCACUCCUCUGACAUGGCAUCAGUCUCCUCGGUAAGUGGUAGCGUUCUCAGCGUCUACAGUGGUGAUUUUGGGAGCGUGGAUGCACAAGGGACUGUUCAGUUUGCUCUGGAUUAUGAUGAGAAAAACCGAGAAUUCCAGAUUUAUGUUUCCCAAUGCAAGGACCUGGCUGUGGUGGAUGAGAAGAAAGGCAGAUCUGACCCGUAUGUCAAAACUUACCUGCUCCCAGACAAAGCUAGAAUGGGCAAGAGAAAAACCUCAGUGAAGAAGAGAACAGUGAAUCCCAUUUACAACGAAGUGUUAAGAUAUAGAAUAGAGAAAAUGGUAUUGCUGAUCCAAAAAUUAAAUCUUUCCGUGUGGCACAAUGAUCCACUGGGACGUAACAGCUUCUUGGGAGAGAUAGAAAUAGACCUAGCCAGCUGGGAUUGGAGCAACAAGAAACUCAACUGGUACAUGCUGAAGCCACGGAGCCUUUCUGCUAUUAAUGGUGUGGAUCAUCGAGGCGUGAUGAAUCUGUCUAUUAAAUAUGUCCCACCAGGAAGCUUAGGUCCAAAGAAUCCUUCAUCUGGGGAAGUUCAUAUCUGGGUCAAAGACAGCAAGGACCUCCCACAGUUGCGCCCUUCUGGAGUUGACUCCUUUGUGAAAUGCUACGUGCUUCCAGACACCAGUAAGAAGAGUUACCAGAAGACCAGAGUUAUUAAAAGAGACCCAAACCCUGUUUUUAAUCACACUAUUGUGUACGAUGGGUUCCACACAGAAGAUCUGAAAGAUGCCUGUGUUGAGCUGACUGUGUGGGAUCAUGAAAAACUAACCAAUCACUUCCUCGGAGGGAUCAGGCUGGGCCUUGGGACAGGCACUAGCUAUGGCAUCUCCGUGGACUGGAUGGACUCCACGCAGGAGGAAGUGGCCUUUUGGCAGGAAAUGAUGUCAGCCUCCAAUGAAUGGAUUGAAGGAUCACUGCCGCUGCGCUCACUGGCUGGGAGGAGGAAACUGAAAUGAAACUUCUGUUGUACAAUUAAAACUAUGAGCAUAUUCAUUAGAAUUGGGAAGCUCCCCAUGACCAGGGAACGGAGCCUCUCCCCUACCUGCACAGGUGUCAGGUUAAUUAGAUAAUGAUUGCAUUGUGCUUUAAAGAUGGUAGGUGCUAAGUGGUUUUAAUCCCCCCCGUAGAGGAUUUAGAAGAUGCUAAGAUCACGCGUAGCAUCAGUUUAGCAAGAGGCCAAUGGUUACUUUUGUUAAUCAUUUAUAUACUCUGUCUUAGCUUUCAUUAGGCUCUCAGUACAUUAGCAGGGAAGAAGUGUAAAUUUUUUUUUUAUACGGGGUUUAUUUUGUUACUGGAUUUUGUGCUGUUUUUCUGUGCAGUGAGACAGUUUGUAAAAAAGCUGCAGCUUGGCAUUAUCCAUGUUCCCUUUCAAGUGGUACGCUUCAUACCGGAUGCAGGAUUGCAAGCAUCAUCUCAAAAUGGAACCUUUCCAUCUGUCACUGAUAAUGUGGCUAUGACUCAGAGGAAAAAUCCACUUUAGAUUUUUGAGAUCCAAGGUGAACCUGCAGAAAGAGGACUGUUUGGAGCAGACAAUGUAGCAACAUGGCUAAGAUAUCAGAGAAGAAUUCAAUAAAUUUAAUUCCAUACUGUUUUUAUUUGGAAACAAGGAAUGAUGGUCUUUCAGCUAAUGUACCAGCCCAGAACUUGGUAGAUACAGGUUCUAUUCCCAACCCUGCCACAAACUUCCUCUGUGAUCUUGGGCAAGUCACUUACUUAAAGGAAAACUGCAGUGGAAUAGAAAUUAGUUUGCACUCUGCCAAAUACAAAAUAUGAUUAAAUCACUGCUGGGCCAAAUCAGUUCUUUCAAAUACCUUGUGUAUAUAAAACAUUAAGUAUGAAAUUAAGAUGUGUAGCAAGCAAGCAGCCUUUCUGUCAGACUCAUGAGGUGUAUCAAGAAAGAUCAAAUCUUCAGCCAAGGAGAGGGAGGAGAUCUUUGGACCUGAUGGGAAAGAUAUCUUGCGAGUGAAUUUACGAACAGGAGUGUUUUGCUCAAGUAGCAAAUUUUUAAUUUCACCAAUCGCAAGAUGUGCAGAGGAAGCCAGAUUAUAAGAAGUUUUGCUCCUCUAGUCAGGAAACAAGCAUACCUUGUGACCUGUGUCUAAUCAGACCUGCUCAGAUUGUUAGCCAACUACUUGGAACAAACAGCUCCUGAACAAUCUUUGGACAGAUUACCAGCAAUAAUUCGGUGAAUAAUCUCGAAGAGUAUUCAGGGAAUCACUUUCUGUACUUGGAUAGGAAAAGUCAACAUUUGUUGAGUAAAGUAUUUGCCCAGCUCUAAUCUUGACCAAGACAGAGAAAAGCAAAACUGAUCUUACUGUGAAACUUAUAAGCUGAAGAGAGAAAUAUUUAGUAGACUCCCAACAACAUAAAUCUGUGUAAUAAGAUAGAGAAGAAAUACUGUAUUUUGUGGGCUGGUUAAAUAAACCAAAAGGAAUUUGUGAAACUGACCUCUGUGUGUGAAACAAAAUCAAUAAACCACACUUCAGUGCCUGA